UUUCUAGGAUAUUCGUACGAGCCGUACAGAGUUUCGUCCCGAAUCGUUACUCUUAUGUUAUUGCUGACCUCGCUGAGUCUCUAUGCGGCUUAUACAGCGAAUAUCGUGGGUUUGCUGCAGUCUACCACGGAUUCUAUCAAAACUCUAUCGGAUCUCCUGAACAGUCCUUUAAAGCUGGGCGCGAUGGAUAUAAUAUACAACAAACAUUAUUUCAAGUCCUUUCAAGAUCCGGUUAGGAAGGCGAUCCUGAAACAGGAAAUUGAGCCGAAAGGACGCAAAUCUAAUUGGAUGUCCAUAGAGGAGGGUGUACGUCGCAUGAGAAACGAACUCUUCGCAUUCCACGGUGAGAUUGGUGUGGUUUAUCAACUUAUGCAAAACACAUAUUUUGAGGAGGAGAAGUGCGGUUUAACCGAAAUCGAUUUCCUAAAUGUCCUAUAUCCGCUCUUCGUGAUCCAAAAACAAUCACCUUACUUGGAGAUAAUAAAAACUGGAGCUCUAAAAUUACGAGAAUACGGACUCAAGUAUCGCGAGGAGUAUCGCUUGUACACGAGAAAACCAGUGUGCGCGAGUCAGACCAGCUUCAUCACUAUCGGAUUCACAGAAUGUUACUUCGCGCUGGUCACAAUGGGCUACGGGAUACUCUUCUCGGUAAUCGUGUUGGCGUUCGAGUUAUUGUGGCACAAGAG